AUGGUGGCGAUGGCACCUCCUUCGGUGAUAUGUUUUGAAGAAGGAUCUCAACGGUUGCGCAGCACCAGCGUUGCGUCAUCACGCACACUUGAUCUCGAGAACGAUGAACCAGACGAAGGAAACUAUGCCAACAUAAUAGAUUGGAUCAAUGAUAUCGGUAAUUCUGCAGAAACGCAGAUGCCUGUGCGUACAGCGCAGCAGAACCUCAUGACUCUCGCGCAGCCGAGCAUUCGGGCUGGAGAUGUGAUCGAAGUCAAGAAUACUAUGAUCGGUGAUUACCGAGUAGACUUCAUACAAGUAAAGCACAUUUCCCGAGCAACCUUAUCUGGCCGAAAAUUUCGAGGUGUCCCGUUUACCAGGACGAAAAAUAUGCGAGGUCGGCUUCCCAAGAAGGUGAAUGAAGUGUGCAUGAUGCUGCACUUUCAGCAAGCAAACGGACGCACCCCAGACGACUUUGCAUUGUUGAUUGAUAUCAAAGAAGAUCAUGUUGUGAGAAAGCGAAACCUUAUAAUUACAAACGCAACAUUUCCAGAGCAUUCUGUGUUGCAUGGUCCGCAAUCCCGUCUGUCCAUCAGAAGCAGAACCCAAGCCCUCAAGCGCCACAUUGAACAGUCAGGUAACCUCUGCUGUCGAUGGAAAUGGAUGGUAUACCUUGUCGAUAAUCGUAAGGACCAGAAAGUUGAGGAAGAGGUUCUGGAACGGAUAUCGACUGAAGAAGUUUUGGAUCGCCAAUAUCUUGUUGACCGAGAGGCUUUAUGCAAUAGAUGGAGAGGAGGCCGUACCAGAGGCGGUUCCUGGACUCCAGACCAAGGCUCCUCUGGUCAGGCCGUUGAUCUCACUCAUGAUUCGAGCAUUCCAGAGGGGAGCUCCCGAGCAAGUAACCAGAAAUAUACCUUUUUUGACGCCUUUUCAGGAGCUGGCGGGGUCUCGAGGGGUGCUCAGAAUGCGGGAUUCAAGGUUACUCAUGCCAUCGAUAAAUCGCCAGAUGUGUGGCGGACAUACUCUCUUAACUUUCCCGAGACAAAACUUUACAAAUGGCCUGUUGACAGGUUCAUUGGACAAACAGAUGAUUCUUCCAUUCGAGUAGAUGUGCUUCACAUGUCUCCGCCCUGCCAAUACUUUUCUCCAGCACAUACAAAACCUUGUGCCCAUGACGAUGACAACAUAUUAGCGCAGCGUAGCUGCCCUGCGCUGGUGAAGAAGCUGCGUCCGAGGCUGAUCACCAUAGAGCAGACCUUUGGGCUAACAUUUGAUCGACAUCGACAAUACUUUUACUCACUUAUUAGAGGUCUCACGGAGCUUGGGUACUCUGUUCGAUGGAAGAUCGUGGCACUAUGCACCUGGGGGUUGGCUCAAACACGCAAACGACUUAUAAUAAUUGCUGCAGGGCCGGGAGAGCAGCUACCAAGCUUUCCUCCGGCGACCCAUUCGGAGAAAAGCAAAGAUGGUUUGCGUCCAUAUACCACAAUUCGACAAGUUCUAAGCAGAAUUCGAGAGGGUGACGACUUGCACAACCUUGGUACCGUCGCCCAAUUUACCCCUAGGAGACGCGCCUCAGGUUUUGACACUUUGCUGGGAACAAUUGCAGCUAGAUGGGGAAGUUUGUACUAUCCUGAUGGAACGCGAAAUUUCACUCUGCGAGAAUAUGCCUGCCUGCAAGGGUUUCCAAAGAUCCAUAAGUUUCGGGGGACAACAGUCGGCAUAAAAUCCCAGAUAGGGAAUGCCUUUCCGCCCAGCUGUGUCAAGUUUUUAUACAAGCAUCUGGAAAAGUGGCUGUUGCAACAGGACCGUGUUCAAUCGCAUCAGCCCGAGGCGGAAAAAGUGGUAAUAAUUGACGCAGAAGUGCUUGAUACUGAGAGCUUCGAUUCAGACUCGCCAGGAGCAAUGAACCUUACCAUCGACUUGACCGAUGAAGACGUACCUGGCCUCCAUACAAGCAUUAUCACGUCCAGUUCUUUCAUGGACCUCACGUGA